AUGGUGGCAUUAUUUGAACAUAACUCAACUGUAUACAUCCAUAAUGGACUUAUAUUCAACGGCACAUUAUUUAUUCCCAAAGAUUAUCCGUACGUAGUGUCUAUACGAAUAAAGCUACAAAAAGACACAGACUAUAAUAUUUGUACUGGCUCAUUGCUAAACAAAUUUUUGGUAUUGACAGCUGGUCAUUGUUGUUAUAGACACCAAGCUAAUAAAAUACAAGUAUGUCAAGGAUCAAGGUAUAAGGAUCAAAACUAUGAUCACGAAACUGACUGGCAUAAUGUUUCCAAAAUGUACGUACACGAAAAAUAUGAUCCAGGUAUACAUAACCAAGAACCUGAACAUGAUGACAUCUGUUUGUUAAAAGUAGCAAAAACAUUUCCGAAUAUCACGAAAUUUUCGAAAUUUGGUGGUUCGCCUAAUGAUUUUGCCAAUGGCAAAAAGUUGAGUUGUACAAUAAUUGGAUUUGGUUCAAUAGCUGAUGCCCGGGAUAGCUCAUCUGAUAAUGGUUUGUUUGGUAGGAUCACCACCGUUGAUGUCUUACAUGGUGAAAAAGCUUGUUUAAAACCCUCUCCGUAA